UGAGAGAGAGAGAGAGAGAGAGAGAGAGAGAGACCUGCGCGCAGCUCUCAGUGGAAGUUGAACUCGAAGCUAGUUCGGAAUAUUAUAUACAUUUCCUCUUCAUUAAGCCGAGUGUAAGAAACGGAAGAGCUCGUCUAAUCGAAGAUAACAACAUAGCACAUACAGCCCUUCAGAUAAAUCGGAAAAUUUUACCUAUUUUUUAUCUUCUGUCUGGAGGCCCAACGCAGCCAUGCCGUUUGGCUGUUUAAUUUUUGGAGAGAAGAAGGAUUAUAACAGUCCUGGCGAGGUCACUGACAAAUAUGACCUGGGGCAGAUGGUCAGAUCGGAGGAGUUUUGUGAGAUUUUUCGAGCAAAAGAGAGGAACACACAGAAAAUGUACACCUGCAAGAAAUUCCUAAAGAAAGAUGGGAGGAAAGUGCGAAAGGCUGCAAAGAAUGAGAUACUUAUCUUGAAGAUGGUGAAGCAUCAUAACAUCCUCCAGCUGGUCGAUGUCUUUGAGACGAGAAAAGAGUACUUCCUCUUCCUGGAACUCGCCACAGGCAGGGAGGUGUUCGACUGGAUCUUAGACCAGGGCUACUACUCGGAACGUGACACUAGCAAUGUUAUCAGACAAGUGCUCGAAGCUGUGGCUUAUCUUCACUCUCUCCGCAUUGUGCACCGCAACCUGAAGUUGGAAAACCUUGUUUACUACAAUCGUCUGAAGCACUCCAAAAUCGUCAUAAGCGAUUUUCACCUGGCCAAACUGGAGAAUGGACUCAUUAAAGAGCCUUGUGGGACUCCUGAAUACCUUGCUCCAGAGGUAGUCGGCAGACAGCGGUACGGCAGACCCGUGGAUUGCUGGGCCAUCGGAGUGGUCAUGUACAUCCUACUGUCAGGAAACCCUCCUUUUUAUGACGAGGGGGAUGAUGACGACGAUGACAGCCAUGACAAGAACAUGUUCCGGAAAAUUCUGUCGGGAGACUAUGAGUUUGACUCACCCUACUGGGAUGAUAUCUCAGAUUCUGCCAAAAGUCUAGUUGCAUCUUUAAUGGAAGUGGAUCAAGACCAAAGACUGACUGCACAGGAGGCAAUCAGCCAUGAGUGGAUAUCUGGGAAUGCCGCUUCUGACAAGAAUAUUAAAGAUGGGGUGUGUGCUCAGAUUGAAAAGAACUUUGCUAAAGCAAAAUGGAAGAAAGCAGUCCGUGUGACCACUUUAAUGAAGAGGCUCCGAGCUCCAGAGCAGAGUGACUCUGGGGCUUCGAGUCCAGCUCUAGGAGCAUCGGCAGGAUCCGUGACUCCGAGCAGCAUGCCGGUUGCUAUGGAUGCAACCCCUGAACCUCCCCGCAGCACCGUUGAGCUUCAGGAAAUAAGAGAAGAAGCUCCAGCACGGUGUAAUGGAGAGAUUCCUGCUCCUCUGCAGCUGAGUGUGGAGACCAGAGAAGAGCAGAAUGGCUAACAUGGAUGUACACCAAGGCAGACACGCAUUGUAGAAAGGAAGACAUAUUGAAAAAUCACUGAUCAAGUGAACCUAUCUUGUUGAGAGCCAUUUACUCAUACACAUUUCGUUGUGCAUAUCCUUCCCUGUUUGUAUGUUGUUUUAAUUGUUCAACUCUACUUACAAACCCAAAAAUGUCAAAGGCAUUAUAUUUCACAUGGAGCAUUCGUUCACUUUCACAAAAUACAAUUAGAAGCAUUGUUCACAUUUAAUUGGAUAUAGGGGCAAAGUAGCCUCAUAAAUAAAUCGCUGCAAAAAAAUGAAUUGGAAAGGAAGAUGAUGCAGUUCACAUGCAUAACUGCAUAAGAUUUUCCUCUCAUUAUGUUAGUAUUUUGCUAAAAACUUGUUGAAGAUUUUCCCAUUAAGUUAAUGUAACUUGUGUCUGACUGUAAGUUCUAUUAUUUAAUCGAAAGUGACCUUUCGUUGCCGUUUAUCUUUCCUGCUAAUGUUUGAGAAUAAACCACCUUUUUCCUGCCUAGUGACUCAAAACACAAACAUAUAGUGUUCUUACUGGUGUGUCAAACGCAAAACUGCUAUAGAAAUAAUAACAGGGGUUACAGUGACGUGUGGUAAUGACUCUUAUUUAAUCAUUUGAUGUCUUUUAAUGUGUAAAUGUGAACAAUCCUUAAUACUGCGCUGUUAAGUGCCAGUAUUCUGUGUUAUAUCCUGCUGUACAAAUGCCUUUUACUCUGUUCAUGUUGAUGCCUUUUUCUGUCUUUGUGGCAUUUACUCUUAUCAGGCCUCAUUUUUCAGAUGAAUUUAUUCAUAAAUUUUUACAAACAAAUGUGAUAUUCAUUCAAAUCCAGUUAGAUUCAGUUAUGCCUAUAAAUUGACUUAGUAAUGUAAACCAAAAUCGUUCGGUUUCAAAUAAUAUGAUCAGUGUAGGUUUAUGAGUUUUAUUUAUUGGUGAUAUAUGGGUUUUUUUAUUUCAAGUUCACACAGGAAAUUUCAUGAUGAUGGUGAAAGAAAGCAAUCUGACAACAAAUCCAAAAAUGAAGACAAAAAAAGAAAUUAGAUUUAGGACAAAUAAAAUGGCAUGGUAUAAAAAGAGGAAGAUUUAGUGUAUAGAGUAUGUCUAAGGUAGGCAACACACUGUGGUGGCAGAGCUGCAUUACUGGAAGAUUGAUUUAGCACACACCGUACUUUGAGGGCACUCAUUUGCCAAUUGGUCAGCAUUUUCAGAUCUCUGAGCUUUUCCUUUUAUGGAACUCACUAAAUGUAGGUGUGCCAUGAACAUGCUUGGUAAUUUGGUGAUUAGCAUUUAUUAAAAUACCCACAAAGGAAAAUCAGUGUUAAUAGAACUUUUGUACAUGACGCCCAGUUCAUGUGCCAUUAACUUACUGUAUGUCUAACUUUCAAAGAGGCUAGAUGUCUCUCAGAAGAGCCGAUUGCUUAAUAAAAAGAAAUAUGUGCAUGUGUCUUUGCUGAUAUUGAUGUUUUGUAAUGAAUCUGUUCUGUACGCCUAAAACUUUGUCGUUACAUGUAUUUUCUAUUUUCUUAAUGAGGUUCAAAUGCCAAAUUCAAUCAAGCCUUUACUAUUUAUUAUAAAAAAUUGAAGACAUUUUUACCAAAUAUAUAAAACACAGCAUUGGACUAAAAAGAUUUAAAUACUAGUUCAGUAAUUUACAGUGAUCAUCUUUGACAUAAUUGGUGUCUUCACUACCAUUUACGCUUGGAUCAAACAGUCGACAUGUUGACUUAAGACCUGGUUUGAUUGAAUUUGACCAUACAUUAUGUCAAAAGUAUGAAAGUAUGUUUGUUGUGUAGAUGUGGUAGAUAUACAUGUACUGCAUUUCAGAGAAAAAUGCAUAAUAUACUGAAUACAGUAGUCAUUGUGUAGUUAGUUUAAAAAAAAAAAGUCCAUCAGUGGGUUGUUAAUGGAUUCUGUUUAAUGUGCAGUACAAACUGAGCAAUAUCUCUAUUGCUGUGAUACUGUGAAACUGCCAUACUGGUGAUGUGGAGGGCAACUUGCCAUAAUUCAUCCAGAUUGUUGAGCAAUUUACAUCAUUGUUUUCAUGCUUCAGUGUUCAUCCUUAGUUCUAAUUUAGGACGUUAUUUCACUUCACAAUGAGUUCAUUUUGAUUUAAUAAAACUUUUGUUUAACAGCUGAAUAACACUUGAUCACGUUUUUGUGGCCAUUUUAACCAGUCACUGAUUUUAUUUGGUAGGGUUUAUUAUUAUUAUUAUUAUUAUUAUUAUUAUUAUUAUUAUUAUUAUUAUUAUUAUUAUUUCACAUAUCAGUUUAACAUAUUUUAGUCUAUGCUCUGUUAAUGUAUCAAUGCAGUAACUAACACAUUUUCAACAGCAGACUCACCCUUAUAAGUGUCAUAUUUGUGUUGAAUUGCAUCUCUAAUAAAGACACUGCUUAGGCUAA